AUGGCAUUCUUCUUCACUCGAACCGUGCGGUAUAUCAUAUUCGCUAUAAUUUUGUAUAGUGCCACGCAGUACGUACUGAAAUGGAAAUCGUAUACAUUCUCACCGAAGGAGUUUAGACGACUGGCGGGAUUGGCGCAUGGUGGGUUGGUUCGGCGGGAUUUGGCAGUGUGCCAACAAAAUGAGGGCGGGACUUGGCGAUAUGCCAGCAGCCUGAGGGUGGGUAUAUUCAUGGAGUAUCAGACUUGGAAUGUGGUACUUGGACAGGGUGGUGCAAAUUUCAGGUUCCUAAUGGGGGGAGGNCGGGCGUGGUGUUCUGAUGUUGUCCACGUGAAAGUCACGUGCUCAAUGGAAAAGGCAUGUGCAAGUGGAUUGUCGAAUGUGAACAAGCUGCGCAAUGAUUUGCGUCGCUCCUAUGCGCAGCACAUCAUCGACUCGCCGUGGGAGGCGGCGUACGGGGGCGGAUUGUCCGUGCGCGUGAACUUUCUGCACGCAUCGACCACCGAAUUCAUUGUGGUGCUGCACGCGCCGCACACGACGGCCGGUUUCUCAGGUUGGCACUGGGCCAACAUUACGUGCACCGUUCUGAAUGGUGACGUGCACAGGUUGGCGUUCAGUCCGAACGGAGCGAAUAAGGAGUCGUUUAAAAUCGGAGCGAACUUCCGACACGGCGAAUUCGAACGCUACACUUACGAACUCACAGCCGACACGUUCGUGGCGUGUUAUGGACGCGGCGCGACGCCACUGAGCGGGGUGUGGCUCGCGAGCGGCGCUUUGGCAAACUGCGACCCGGUGUCUUUGGCUCGUCUGGGAUACGUCUAUGGGCACGGUUGUAUGCAUGAGAUGGGCAUGACUCUGACCAAUACGUUCAAUUACUAUAAGGGAAAGGCACUGAAGAGUGAACUUUGA